GAUUAAUUUUGAAUCUCUGUGUUUGCCGUAAUACGCGCCGGCUCAUGCGCACAACAGAAAUGCACCCUGCGGUGGCGUAGUGGCUGGAGAUGCUGAGGCUAUGCCGGCGCUUUUGUCGGAGGCCUGGGGUGCCGGCCUGGCCCGGGGUUCCCGCAGGGAGCAUUGGUCUCAGGGACGUUCCUUCUGGUGUUCCUCCUCCGGGCAGCACUUCGCCCAGAGCCCUCAACAUCUUCGACCGAGAUUUGAAGAGGAAACAGAAGAACUGGGCAGCCCGGCAGCCCGAGCCGAUGAAGUUUGACUACCGGAAGGAGGAGGUUGGAAAUCGGAUUGCAGACCGUGUGUAUGACAUAGCUAGGUAAGAGAUGGUAUUAUAGUGAGGUUUCAUCUCUCUCUUCCCUCUUCUUCUCCUG